AUGAAGGCCGGGAGGAAGAACCUGCGGCGCGCGUGGCAGGAGGGCACCGCCGUCACGCUCGCGGAGAACGAGAGCAUCAUGCAGGUCGUCACGCUGCGCGGCUCCAACCUCAUCGAGGUCACAGACGGCGAGGGCGUCAAGUCUCUCGCCCUGAUCCCCGCCAAGUUCCAAAAGUGUUUCUGGAUCAAGAACGGGAAUUUCGUGGUUGUUGAUGCUAGUGGGAGGGACGAGGCUCUAGAAUCUGGAAGCAAGAUAGCCUGCGUUGUGUCGCGAGUCCUCUUUCAUGACCAAGUUCGUGCGCUCCAGAAAUCUGGCGAAUGGCCCAAUAAUCUGUUUUGUGUCCCGUGCUAA